ACACCGUCAGAUCGCUCGUAUCCAAUCACCGCCUCAUCACGGCCGAGAAGAGGCUCCCCUCCUCCCCCCACAGGGGUCCAUAUUAGAGGAGAUAAAGUGCAGCACUCAGGAGGAAGAGGAAGAGGAAGACGAGCAGAGAGAGAGAAAUAUUAACCCGUCCUGCUUCCUCCGUCGUCUCUGUUUCCCUCUGAAUGAAAAGUGCUGAGCAGACUCUCUGCAGAGCGCUGACUGUGCUUCCUGUGCCGUCGGCUCGUCUUUCACAUACUUUCAGUUUGGAAACACAAUAUGGACGGUUUAAGAGCACAAGAGCUGCAGCUCACUGCAGUUCCUCUUGUUUGUGUGUGUUCCACAGGGCCAAGCUGGGAAUGCCACAGUUCUUGAGUUCAGAAGCUCAGAGUCUCCUCAGGAACCUCUUCAAACGCAACCCUUCCAACAGAUUAGGAGCCGGACCAGACAGCGUGGAGGAGAUCAAGAGGCAUCAGUUCUUCAGCACCAUCGACUGGAACAAACUCUUCCGCAGAGAGCUUCCUCCUCCCUUCAAACCGGCUGCAGGACGACCUGACGACACUUUCUAUUUUGAUCCAGAGUUCACAGCGAAAACACCCAGAGACUCUCCGGGGGUUCCUCUCAGUGCCAACGCCCAUCAGCUGUUCAGAGGGUUCAGUUUUGUGGCCAUAACAGAAGAGGACACACAACCAAUACCCAGCACUAUUGUACAGGUAUGUACACACACGCAUAUUAUAACUUAACAUAUCAGAGGCAGAAAUGCUCUGAUUUAGAGAGUAAAACCUCAUCCGAAUGUUUACAAUGUUUACUGAGGUAA